AUGUUCGCUCCUCAUAAGAGCCAGGAGAUUAGUCACAUAUAUGAACGAAACAAUGAAGCGACACUCUAUAUAGCCAACUUAGACGCCCAAGUGGACGAAGAAAUCCUGUGCGAGCUUUUUAUGCAAUGUGGUAACGUCAAGAAUGUGCACAUUCCGCGGGACAAGAUCAAUGGGUUCCACGCAGGUUACGGCUUCGUCGAGUACGAAUACGAAUAUGAGUGUGAAUACGCAGGGAGGGUGCUAAACAUGACGAAGCUCUUCGGAAAGCCCCUGCGGUGCAACAAGGCGUCCCAAGACAAAAGGUCCUUCGACGUAGGAGCGAACCUAUUCAUAGGGAACCUAGACGAAGAAGUGGAUGAGAAAAUGCUAUUCGAUAUCUUCUCCUCAUUUGGACAAGUAGUAACCGUUAGGAUAAUUAAAAACGAAGAUGAUACGUCCAAAGGACACGGCUUCAUCUCGUAUGAUAACUUCGAGUCAAGUGACAUGGCCAUCGAAAAUAUGAAUAAUCAAUUCAUAUGCAACAAAAAGGUACACAUAUCGUAUGCUUUUAAGAAGGACUCAAAGGGGGAGAGGCAUGGGACAGCGGCUGAAAGAUUCAUUGCAGCCAACAAGGCUCUAAGUUUGUCCUCAGGAAAUGGAAGCUCCAAUCAUGUAAUGCCCUAUAAUUUGUCUAGUGCAGAAAAUGCAAUUAAUAGCAAGCGUGGAAGGAAUAGUGUCUCGCCCAAUGUGGACAGCAAUCCAUUUUUACGAACCCCCUUAACGUCUUCGAAUGCUAUCAAUCCCCCCUCAAGCGAUUCCCUGCCACCGAUUAUGAAUUCGUACUUUCCCGGGAAUAUGCCUCCCCCCAUGCCGUCUAGUUUUACGCAACAACCGAUGAAUAUGCAUAGUGGAAUGCGCCGGAAUGGCCCCUUCAUGAUGCCGCCGAAGAUGGGCAAUCGGAUGAUGGGAGGCAUGCCCCCAAACCUACCACCCAUGAACAUCCCGCCAGGCAUUCCCCCCAAUAUGCCUCUCAACAUGCCUCCAGGCAUCCCCCCACACAUGUCCCCAAACAUGCCGCCAGGCAUGCCCAUGAAUAUACCUCCAAACAUGCCGAUGAAUAUGCCACUGAAUAUGCCACCGAAUAUGCCGCCCAAUAUGAACAUCCCUCCUAACAUGCCCAUGAAUAUGCCGAUGAACAUGCCCCCCAGUUUUCCCCCCAACUUCCCCCCGAAUUUCCCUCCAUCCUUCUCGCCAAAUUUCCCACCCAACAUGCCACCCAACGUGCCACCCAACGUGCCACCCAACGUGCCACCCAACGUGCCACCCAACUUCCCAGCAGCUUUUCCCCCCAAUUUGGUGCCCACCCCCCAGGCCAGCAUGCAACACAGCGGCUCUGUGAAUGCAUCAUCAACUGCGGAACCGAGUCAGAGUGGCCCAAGCGAGCAAAGUGAAGUCGCGGGCAGUUAG